AAGUGUUUUGGAGCAUAAAAAGUAGUGGAGUCGACCUCUACGUAUUCUUUAUCAUUCAAUGAACAAUUCUAGUGAGUAGUGGGAUCCAGUGACACUGUGUGAUUUCACAAAGACUGAAAUACGUGGGAUCAUCAUGUGGAAGUGUCAUAAAUGUGGAAAACCUGUCUACUUCGGUCAAUGUACCGUCAAGCUGAAAGAAAACAGUCGCUGGGGUACGACUGGCAUCCUGAGUGUCUCAGGUGCGAGGAGUGUGGGAAAAGGCUGAAUCCUGGACAACAUGCUGAGCAUAAAGGAGUACCAUAUUGCCACGUACCGUGUUACGGAGCCCUCUUCGGACCACAACUAUUUGGACAUGGAACUAGAGUCGAAUCUCACACGAGUUUCGGUAAGAAGGAACCACGAUCAACACUUCCAAGAUCGCAUUUGGAGAAUAAACUGAAGCUCUUCAACCAGUAUUACGAAGGCAAAAGCGGUGGAAUCCGCAGUCGUGAGGUGAACGGCCGUCUAAUCCUCGAAGGAGCCUUGCGAAUCUACUGGGGCGUGCGUGGAGUGAUCCACCUGAAGGAGGACGACGAUCAGCGUACAGUGGUAACCGCGAGAAACCGAAACUCCUGUAGAAAGAGUGUCUCCGAAGAGUCCUCAGACGAGGACGAGAAGCUCGAGAAUCCCCCAAAGGACUUGUCCCCAACCGAGAGUCAACUCGAGAGCGAGCCAAACUCUCUCCCCACGUCUCCGGAUCACCUGAAGAGUCUGACUCUUCCGAUGAAGCUAGACGUGAAGAACAUGGAGCUGGACGAGUUGGAUGAGCUCCUCCAGGUCGAGAGGAAGGUGGAGGAUGGGGACAAAUUGUAUCAGACUAUGCCAGAGAAUCUUCCAUCGUUGAGUUCACAUUCCAGUACAGAUACCCCACCAUUGUCCAAACAAUCGAGUGUUGAUAGUAGUGACAAGGGGACUGCCAGUCCCCAGAAGAACGAGACCAGCAUGAGCAACACUCCAACGCACAGCAUCGACUCUUCCUCUGGGACAGACACCCCCAACUUCCAGGGAACUCCCAACAGAAAUGGAACGUUGAGGAGAGUUGAGUACUUCGACAGUCUCGAGAAGAGCGCCAGCAACAAUCGAUCUAUCAGUAACGACGACAGCUGGAUCGAAAAAGGUCUGAAUAGGUCGAUGUCAGGGCCUGAUUGCCUCCAGAGGAACCGAGGGGACAGUGACACCGAGUCCGAGUCCAACUCUCUGCAGUUCAGGGAGGAUGACAACAUGACGAUGUCCACUGAUAGUGGACUGGAGCUCGAUGGGGUAGUCCUGAGAAGGAAACAGGGGUCCACUGCCAUCAGAAGGCGUCCUGGGGGCAGGAGGCAGUCCAGAGGGAGGCUGAGACGCAGGUGCUCCAUCAAUGGGCACUUUUAUAAUCGGGAGACGAGCUUUUUCACUCCUCCUCAUGGCUCCCAGAUGUCUGUUUGGGUUACUAGCCUCGUUAGCACUCAGGAGGUUAUCAAUCUGAUGCUCGAUAAGUAUAAGGUCGAUGCCAAACCUGCUAACUUUGCGCUGUUUGUCGUCAGGGAUAAUGGAGAGCAGAGGAGAUUGAGAGAAGAUGAGUAUCCUCUGGAAGUCAGGGUCGUCCUGGGACCACACGAGAAUGUAGCACGUCUCUUCCUAGUCGAUAAGCUUUCAACUCCAGAGAUCAGUUCUGAUGUUGCCCAGUUUUUGAAUCUUUCGUUACCUGAGUGCCAUGGAAUCCUGCAGAGAUAUCAUUACGAGGAGGAGAGACAGAUAUUACUUCUGAAGGAGAAGUAUAAAGAAAUGCGACGUCGGAUAAAACAACGUAUGGAAGACCUAAAAGUCCGAUUAUAGGCGAAUAACCAAUUAAUUUCCUGUCGCAAUAUAUCUAUGCGAUUUUUUACGACUAAUUUUUUAAAAGGAAGUUAUUAACAUAUUUGUUUAACGUUCCACCUAUCAAAUUAUUUAAGAUGAUAAGGCUAACGCAAUUUUUUUUGUUUCAACUUUUUUACUGUGAAUUUUUACGAGUGCAAUUUAUGUUUAAUGUCAUGCGCUGGAAGAGAAAUAUUCCAAAGUGACGGCAGGCCACGUUUUUGUGUGAUGGCAACGUGAUAAGAACCACCAACAUAUCGGUUUUAUUCUUUGAAAGAAAAAGGCUUCAGAACGACUAAUUCACGUCGUUUGCUUGUAGUCCCCUGUUUAAUGCUCGUUUUUACGCCCUAGAAUCGAGUUUUUCCUUUCGAAAUUCUAGGUAGCUUUUGAUUGAAGGCCACUGAGCAAGUUAUAUCUUUGCUACAGCCAACUUCAUAAUCUUUUUAAUUAACAAAUUAUUCUAGUUAUAUUAUUAACUCGAGAUCUGAUGAUUUACGAUCUUUUUUAUAGAGAAAUUUUAGUCAGCUUUUAUACAGUUUAUUUUAGCCCGAGAAUUUCAGACUGCUGUGAAACUAGCAUUUUUUAAAAUAAUCCAAUGGACAUGAAAUUGCAUGAGAUUAUAAUUCUGUCUUGAAGUGGGAAGACGUAAAGAGUUGACUUGUGUCAUAUCAUAAUCAAGAGAGAUAUGACAUUCGACAUCUCGAUUACGUUUAACCAUUUCAACUCAGAAUUCCCUAGAACAAUAACUGCUUUUACAAAACGAACAAAUAGAAAAAUAAAGAUAAAAGGACUUAUCGAGUAUCGAAAAGAAAUAUUUUGAAAACCGACGUUGAGUCGACGGUGGAAGAGGAAUAAAUAUCAAAUAGUGAUUUAUCAAUAUAUACAAUACGAAAAUAAACUUUAGGUCAAAUGUGACAAGAUUAAUGCAUUCGAUAUUAAGUUAAUCCUAUUACAAUCAAACUGAUCUAAAAUCCAUUGUUUCUCCUUCUCAAUAAUCUGUGAAUAGAACUGUCAAUAAUAGAAAUCCACGUUGUCUUCAAAUAAUUUUUUCAAUUGAAGUUUUGCAUGAAAACGUAAUCAUCUGAAUAAUUGAGAGGCUCUUGAAAAUAAUUUGAAGAUUUUUCGAAAUUGGCCACGACUUCUAGACUUUUCAUGACUUCUAAAAAAAAAUACGGUACUGAUAGUUAUUAUUCAAUUGUCACAUACCCACCUUUUAUUUCAUAAAUUAUUUUAUGCAAAAUCCAUUUCUCCAAUUGUUUUCAUCCAUGACAGAAUCGAGAACAGAAAUUCUCAACGAAUUAUGAAAGAAAGAAAACUACCGAUGAAGAUAAAUUGUAUUAUAUGGCAAUGUAAUGCAGAGUUGUACAAGUCGAGUUAUAGCCUGAAUAAAAAUACUGUUCUUU